UGACACACUUUUGUCGGAAGAAAAGAUGGCUACCACGAUAAAAAGAUGUAGAGAGACUCAAAACCGAUGGCUUCAUUUGCGAUGAAGGAAAAAACUAAAUCGUAUGUUAAACCAUUCAGGAAAAAAUUGGAGAAAUAUUCUUGCGAUAUACCUUACCAUGGAUUAGAUCGUGUAUAUAGUUGCUGAGAAAAUGAACUACGCUUUCGGCUAAAAUAUCACUAACUCGAGCGAGGGAUGCAUCAUUCAGUUUCCGUGUCCUUAGCUCCGGUGCUUUCAUUUUCCAGGAUUGCUUCACUAUAAAUCUGAACGAUGAUGUGCGAUGUGAUGCCCACGAUCUCUGAGGAUGGGUCGACGGACCGAGAGUCUCAGGGAUCGGGGGAUGAUGCUAACUUUGAGCAGCUUAUGGUAAACAUGUUAGACGAGAGGGAUAAGUUGAUGGAAACAUUACGUGAAACACAGGACUCGCUCUCAUUGACUCAAGCUAAACUCUCGGAUACAGAAAAAGAGAAAGAAAGUCUUCUUAGUCAACUACAGUCCACGACACCUCAGCAAGAGUAUGCAUCACUGGCAAAGGAGGUGAAUGCUAUGCGAGACCAGCUACUGGAGCGAGAGGAAGAAGUCUCCGAAUUAAAGGCAGAACGCAAUAAUACCAGGUUACUUCUGGAACACCUAGAAUGUCUAGUAUCUAGACACGAACGAUCUCUCAGGAUGACUGUGGUCAAGCGGCAGGCUUCCUCCCCAGCAGGUGUGUCCAGUGAGGUGGAGGUGCUUAAAGCACUCAAGUCUUUAUUUGAACACCACAAAGCUUUAGAUGAAAAGGUUCGUGAAAGGUUAAGAGUAGCCCUUGAGAGGGUAGCAACAUUAGAAGAGGAUUUGGCCUCUGCUAAUCAAGAGUUGUUUACGUUACGAGAGCAGCAGAGCAAGUCCCGUCAUUCCAGUGGUAGUACAGAGGAUGGCAAACCAGCCAAGUUGGAGGCCAUACAGCAAGAGGGGUCGGAGUCUAACAAGCCAGAUCACUUACACCACCCUAAGCGAUUAUCCAAUGGGUCCAUUGAUCCUGAUUCAGACGUCAAUCGAGUGAUAGAGUUGCAGGAUACUGUGGAGAAACAGAAUUCCGAGCUGACGUCGGCUAGAACCAAAAUGUUAGAAAUGAACAAUAAGAUGACAGAGCUGGAGGAGAACUACACAUGUAACCAAAAAGAUCUGAUCAAAUGCCAGGAGCAGGUGGUGAAGCUCCAGCGAGAUCUGAGAGAGUCUUUGGCUCAGAGAGAAGAUCAGGAGGAGAGAAUAGCUACAUUGGAGAAGCGCUACCUCAAUGCUCAGCGAGAGUCCACAUCAUUACAUGAUCUCAACGACAAAUUAGAGUCGGAACUUGCCAAUAAGGAAUCACAGCUGAAGUCGAGUGAGGAGAAGAUGCGAACUGCGCAGGAGAAGUUUGAGUUGGCAGAACAGCGGCUGCAGCAGUCAAUGAAAAAGGUGGAAGCUCUCCCUACUGUGGAGGCGGAGCUACAACAACGUCUCGAGGCACUGUCUCAAGCCGAGGAGCGGCACGGAUCCGCUGAGGAGAUGCUGCAACAAAUGAGAUCCAUCAUAUCAGAGAAGGAAACAGAGCUACAAAGGGGUAGACAGAGAGAAAAGUUAAAUGAAGAACACAACAGUCGAUUAUCAGCCACGGUGGACAAACUGCUGAGUGAAUCAAACGAGCGACUGCAGCUGCACUUGAAGGAGAGAAUGCAAGCUUUGGAGGACAAGAAUCAGUUGACCCAGGAGCUAGAGCGUAUUUGUAAGGCCCUGGAGGAGACACAGAACGAAAAGGAGAGGACAAAUGAUGACCUGGUUGUGGCUAAGAGAGAAGUGGACACACUUCGCCAACAGAUAGAGCAUUUGGCCGGUGUUGACUACAGGACUGGAUACAGCAUGACAUCUAGCGUUGGUCCCAUGGAGAGCAACAUGGAAGUGUCGAGACGUAUGAACAGAGGCCGGGAACAGACCAUGAUGGAGGACCCAGGCAAAGUAAACACACUGAAUGAACAAGAAUGGGAGAAGUUGCAGCAGGCACAUGUGUUAGCCAAUGUGCAGCAUGCAUUCGAGUCGAGCGACAACGAGGGAACAGAUGAUAACGAGUCGGUGCUUGGUGCGUUUGACAUGCUGUCGCCAAGUGGACACACAGAUGCACAGACGCUAGCCUACAUGCUGCAGGAACAGCUGGAUGCCAUCAAUAAUGAAAUCAGGCUGAUCCAGGAAGAGAAAGACAGCACGGAGCAGAGGGCAGAGGAACUAGAGAGCAGGGUAGGCAGCGGAAGUCUAGAUACGAUCACCAACAGGUGGCGAACCUCUCCUCCGCUUAGCGGGAGUUCAACUCCAACCCCGCAUACUUAUCAAUCAAGAGACUACCUUCAAAAGUACCAUACUGCCCCGGCAGGAAUGUCCACAUCCCACCUGUAUACCUACUCUUCCUCUAGUCCCCAGCUUGCCACUACUGCUGCUGACGGCGCUGUUAACCAGCCUCAGUACAGCCGCGAUGACACAGCAAUAGAUGAGGAAUCUCGUCAGAUAAAGUGUGAGUCUAGUCCCCCUACCCCACGAUCUCUUCGCCUGGAGAGGGUCGCGGCUGCCAUUGCCCAGAGCAGUGAGGACACACCAAGUCGGCCAGUGAUAGACACGACCCAGGUAGCUGCUAGUCCCUUCAGUAGCAAUAACAGCAGUCAGGACUCCCUACACAAAAACAAAAAGAAGGGCAUCAAGAGCUCCCUCGGUCGCUUUUUCAGUAAGAAGGAGAAGGGCAAGGCCAAGGACAGUAUAACCAGGGAGUUGCUUCCCGCAGGUACAUAUAUGGGAGAUGGUGGUGCUGGGGAUGCCUUGACACUGGGUCUGGGACAGUCAGAGUAUGACAGGAGGAAGAAGAAGAAGCAUGAACUUUUAGAGGAAGCCAUGAAAGCAGGUACACCAUUUGCCCUAUGGAACGGCCCCACAGUCGUAGCAUGGCUAGAGCUGUGGGUGGGGAUGCCUGCAUGGUAUGUGGCAGCCUGUCGAGCUAACGUCAAAAGUGGAGCGAUCAUGUCAGCAUUAUCGGACCAAGAGAUCCAACGGGAGAUUGGCAUCAGCAAUCCCCUGCAUAGGUUAAAGCUGAGGCUGGCCAUACAGGAGAUGGUCAGCUUGACCAGUCCAUCAGCCCCUAAAACUUCCCGAACUACCUUAGCAUUUGGCGACAUGAACCAUGAGUGGAUAGGUAACGAGUGGCUGCCAUGUCUAGGAUUACCCCAAUACCGCAGCCACUUCAUGGAGUGUCUGGUCGACGCUCGCAUGCUCGACCACCUCACCAAGAAAGAUUUACGUGGCCAACUAAAAAUGGUGGAUAGUUUUCAUAGGACAAGUUUACAAUAUGGUAUUAAUUGUUUAAAAAGAUUGAAUUAUGACAAGAAAGAAUUAGAACGGAGAAGAGAAGACAGUUCAGCAGAAAUGAAAGAUGUAUUAGUGUGGACGAAUGAGCGGGUAAUAAAAUGGAUACAAUCAAUAGGUCUCCGGGAAUAUGCAAACAACCUGAUAGAGUCAGGGGUACACGGUUCUCUGGUGUCACUGGACGAGAGCUUUGACCACAGCAGUCUGGCUUUGGCCCUCCAGAUACCAACUCAAAAUACACAGGCGAGACAAAUAUUGGACAGAGAGUUCAGCAACCUACUGGCCAUGGGAACUGACCGGCGGCUGGAUGAGGGUGAAGGUGGAAAAUUCAGAAGAGCCCCAUCUUGGCGUAAGAAGUUCCGGACAAAGGACAAAAGUCGUGAGGGUGGGGAGGAGGGUGAGGCUGGAGAGGCUGGCACACAGACACCUCAGCCGGCGCAGACACAAUCCAGUCAACAAUCACCUCAGCACGCCCGCCGUGGCACAGACAAUGCCACUGCCGCCGUCGCCACCACUGCCACACAGCGCAGGCCCCCCGAGCAAAUGCGGAAUUUUUGACAUAACUAAUGAUUAAUCAUAGUCGGACAUUUUUACAAUUAAAUUCAUUCUAGAUUACGAGAUGUAGCGUAAGUUUGGGUCAGUAUGAGGAUUAAGCAUUUCUCAUUGGACAUUACUAAUCAGUGUUGUCAUUGUUAAGUUCCAUUGUAAGUGAAAAACAAUGUGUAAGCCAAGUGUGUACUUUAACCUACCAUGGGGCAGAUGUGACAUAGGACAUACCUACUAUAGGGAAAACAUGGCACGGUACAUACCUACUAUAGGGAAAACAUGGCAUGGUACAUACCUACCAUAGGGAAAACAUGGCACGGUACAUACCUAC